UAAACUUCAAUGGAAGCGAAACCUGACAGAGGGAAGCUAAAUAAUUUUAGGCUUUACUGUCGUAGCUAGCACUGGGCAAGCUCAGAUUUCUGAGAACUGCUAAACUAAAAGUGAAAAUGGAUGUUUCCUGGAAUAGAUUAACAUUUUAGGCGGAGCUUCGGUAAACGGGUUUAAAGGUUUAUUCAGGUUUCGUUUCAGAUUCAGAUGAGUCUAAAGAGAGCGUGGACGCUGUCUGGCUUUUGGAUGUACUGUAACCGAAUCACCAAGACCUCCACUGGAAUACCGAUCAUGACUAGAAGUAUCGAAUGUUCGUGAUUAUUACGACACACUCGGACUCGUUUUGACUAAAAGACGAUUCUGCUGUUAAAAGUGCAACUCAGAGAAACUGCAUUGCACUCGUUUUACAAAACCGAUGCCAGCGUAUUGUGUAGCGAUGGGAGAGGGCUGUCACCGCUCUCCCCUAUAGGAUGGUAGCUCACAGCACAGUGGAUGAACACAACACGAAACCAGCCUCAUCUUCAUCAGUGCCACCGGCUUCACCUCCCAGGGACACCUCUACCCCCGUCUCAGCCCCGCCUUCCGCCACCUCACUGCAACCGCCUCAGUCCUCUACAUCCUCCCCGUCGUCUCGCCUGUCCACCCGGACCCCUGGUCAGCAGCCGUCCAACCACUGCCUGGCGCCCCCACAACAGAACCAUAAGACCCACUUCCCAACUUUCCGCUGCGAGAAAGACUUCCUGCAUAUAACUCGUACGGCCUCCAUGUUGGAACGCUCUGGGUUCUACUGGGGGUCCAUUGGCGUGGAAGAGGCUCACCGGCGACUGAAGGACGCGGCCAUAGGAGUAUUCCUCAUUCGGGACAGUCGUCAGAAAGAUGUAUUCUUUACGCUGUCCUAUCGCUCAGUGACUGGUCCAAACAGUGUACGCAUCAUCUACAAGGGACAGCGCUUCAGCCUUGCGAGUAGUGAGCGCUCCUUCCCGUGCCUCUUUGCGCUGUUGGAAUUUUACAUCACUUCCCCUAAAAAGAGCUUGAGUGUUCCGUACAGGAAGACCUGUCCGACGCUCCAGGAGCUGUGCAGAAAACAGGUCAACAAGUUGUGCGGCGGCGAGGUGGAGCGAAUCGAGAGGGUUCCCGUCAACCCCGUUCUUAAAGACUUCCUGUUAGAUUUUCCAUACAUGAUAUGACCUCACAGGACACAGCGUUAAGGCGGGGCUCUGGUCUAAAACUUAUUUACAUCGGGUUGGAACUAACGACCGCCUGGUUGGAACUAACGACCGCCUGGUUGGAACUAACGACCGCCUGGUUGGAACUAACGACCGCCUGGUUGGAACUAACGACCGCCGGGUUGGAACUAACGACCGCCGGGUUGGAACUAACGACCGUCGGGUUGGAACUAACGACCGUCGGGUUGGAACUAACGACCGUCGGGUUGGAACUAACGACCGUCGGGUUGGAACUAACGACCGGCGGGUUGGAACUAACGACCGGCGGGUUGGAACUAACGACCGGCCGGUUGCAAAUGCAGAUGCCAGUGUCCCAAAUUGCACAAUUUUUUUUACUAAUUGCACAAUUUUUACCCAGUGUCAUUAGGCAUUCUGUGCCAGGGCAGAGGGGACCAUAUUUGGGUUUGUCUGAGUGGUCCCUGGACAGCUUCACAUGUACUAAAAUCACAGGUUAUCAUGCUGCUUCAUGUAAGAACCAGCGGGGUGGUUGUGUUGCGGUGCAGGCCACUGAGCAUGUGCCCUGGACUGUGUGGUCUAGAAUGAGGUUAGGGUUUUGGUUGUGCAAUGUUGAGCGGGACCGGAGUCUAUGUAGCAAAAUAACUGGACUUCUACAGCGCCACUUUACUGUCAAUGUUUACAAUUGUUAUAAUGUUUACAAUGACCAGGAAUGUUUAUGCUGCACAUUAUCACAAUACUGUAACUGUGUAAAACUCAAUGCUACCCCAGUAUCUGCUAUGCAGACAGCCACAUUUAGGGGUGUUUUAAUGCUUAUUAAAAAACAUGUAUUUGUUAUUAAAUAUAUAUUACAAGGA